AUGCCUCCAGAUUGCGACGGCGCACGAAUUGUUCAUGCUUCGCGUUCCAUCCGCGUAGCGCCAACGGCCGAGCCGGCAGCGGCGGUGAACCUGGAGUACCUGGCCCUUGCCCUCAAGGUUCGCCGGGAAUCGAGACGCGAGCCUCUCUUCUCCCUGGAUCCCGUUGAUCCCAAGAAUGUUGAGACCACGGCGCAGAAGAAGCGUUUCGAGCCCGAGUGGCUGGCGGGGACCAGCGUCGGGGACGUGAUGUUCCAGGCCGACUACUUCCUGAAGGAGUUGGCUCUGGGGGAGUACACGAUGCCUGUCGUUGGCAUGCUGAGCGUUUUCGAUUGGUCCGAGGCCAUGGGGAUGCAGGAUCAGCCCUGGGCCGGCCGCGAGUGGUUCGUGGUCAAGAAAGCCGAAGUCCACAUGGCAGCAGACAAGACCUUGGUGCCCUGCGUGAAGAUGGGUGUGGAGGCAAGGGAGCAAGUGGUGACCGACGCAGGGCUGAAGGAUGUGGCUAUCACCAGCCCCACUCAUCCUCUCCGGCGCUUCGCCGACGCCUUCACCCGUAACUUCGACCUCAUUGCAGAGAGGAAGUCGGUGAUUUUCCAUCUCCGCGAACUUGCGAAAGCCUCUGUCAUGGCCAAGUUCCUGGUGGACUCUGGAGCGCGGAUCGACGACAUCUGGACAUCUUCCGCCGAUGAGAUCGUGGCGAACACGGCUCCGGAGAUGCACCCGGAGAUCCCUCAGCUCUGGAACAUGCGCGGCUUGUCUCGGAUCCGUCUGGAGCACGGCAAGAUCGUGGACAUGGAGACAGGCUGCGUCUCGAACCUUCACGCCAUCUACGGCGGCGUGGAGUUUGGCUUAGAUCGCUUCGAGCUUGCCCAGCGCCAUGCUCUGCGUCCUGGCGUGCCGGGAGUCUCUAUGCAGCAGGCAGGCUUGCAAGGCAUGCAGCUUGGACCUUCUGGGCGACCUAUGUUCAUGCCCCAGCGCUUCCAGCUCACCCAGCGGGGCGAGAUGCCCCAAGGUGUAGACCUGGACCUCGACAAGUUCAACCUCUCUGAGGUGGAGUCGUUCGCCUCUUUGCCAGCCUUGAGCGCAGAAACCGACUCGGCAGAGGCGAGGACCACCUCCGGCAAGGCUUUCCUUCACAGCCUUCGCGAGGGGACUUACAACAGCAUCAAAGAAGAGGACCUCCAGCUGCUGAGAAGCAUCUACAACCCAACGAUGGCCGACCGGCUGGAAGAGGGGGAAGCGUUCAUCCCACCGAACCCGAGUCUGUCUUAUGUUUCAAAGAUGCGGAGCCUGGUCAGUGAGGAGCAGGCCCUCUUCAAGAAGAGGAAGAUCUCCUUUUGUGAUCGCUCCUUCAUGCCUGGCAACGCUGGCUGCGACUUCCCACGCUCAUGGACAUCUGGCUUCAAGGUGGACAACGGUUGCUCUCCAGAAGCCCUCAAGAGGAUGAAUUCCGCAUUGGUGGAGCUCCAGGUCGAUGCGACCUUUCAGCAGGCUCUUCUAAACGACAUCCUGCCGACUGCCGCUCCGGAGUUCAACAAGUGCACGGAGGAUGGGCACACUUUCCGCAUCUACCGCCUCGGCAACCUCGAAGUGCGCACCAUCCAGGAGCUUGGUGGCUCAGAAGCAGUUGGUGUGGUCUUCUCCUUGCGUGCGCCCUCCUGGAAUCUCUCCAGCCGAGAAGGCAAGCCGGUGCGCGAUGAUGAGAAGAUCGCGAGGGGCAAGAUCUACGCUGAGGCAUUGGAUGCAGAGUCCGCCCGGCAGCUUGAUUCGAAGUGGUCCAGCAAGCGCCUUGACUACUGCCACUUCUAUGCUGUGCUUGAGACUCAGGAGGGCAAUGUCAUCGUGUGCGAGAAGUUCCCCGACGGCAGCACCAUCAUGGCCGUGAAUCCUCAAGGCGUCCAGGAUCGUAACUCCAUGGCCAAGCUCCUCGCCUCUGCUGACGAGUGCGAGGCUAUGGAUGUUACAGUGGGCAAAGUGAAGCUGGUCCAGAUCAACCAUCAUCAAAAGGAUGGUUGA